AUGGCUCACCAAGCAGAAAAACUUGCAUGGAAUAUUGUCGUACAGAAUCUUGAUUAUUACUCCCUAGAGCACCCCGAACAGCCACGAGCAUCAAAUCUCUUUUUUCCACCUCCACUCGGAGCCGAGCAAAGUAAAGUAGUGAGAGCCUUUGCGGCGUCCUUUUCCCGGACUCUGACAGAACAAAUCUCUCUUGAGCGUGCGAAGUACCAAGAAAGUUAUGAUCCUCCGAAUGAAGAUGACCUGAUCAUCGACGAUGCCACAGCCAGGAGAAUUAGUCCGACUGUCGCCGAACGCACGUAUAUCUUCCACGAGGAUAUGCACAGCACCAAUGCACUCAGUUGGGAGCCAUGCCACCACACUUCUGGCAAGCAUACUCGGUUCGAUUAUGAAAAUUGGAACGAGCAUGACGAAGAUUCGAGCGAGGACGAUGAUGGAGAUCACACCGAAGAUUUCACAUUCAACUGUAAAUGCGCACUGCCCUUGCGGGAACGAAAAGCUCAUUCAUUCCUACGCCAAUAUCGACCCAAUGGUUGCUACGAAUUCUAUGCACUUAAUGAGGCUGCAUACUUCAAUAUACAUGUCGUCAAGGCACUCUUGGUGCGUGGAGAAAUGGAGCCGGUUCUCCGUGUCUGCUCACAUCCGAAUGUGGAUUACUGGAAAUGGCAAAAUAUGCGCGAGUGCGAAUGUAUGGAUGAGCAACUUGGCUGGGAUCGGCUUUAUAUAUUGGCCUUGCGGGCUUAUCUUACUCUGAAUAUCCUGUAUCGCUUCCUUCCUGCGUUGCAAUCCCAGUCCCAGGAAGAAGUUGUGGGAGGUAAAAAAGAACAAAAAUACGACUACCGCAACACAGAAUUAUACCAGAGAAUGCUUUACGAAUGUACUAGAGAGUUUGGAGACGAGGUCGCAAGUCUCCCGCACAAGCAAUUCUUCGGAAUUCCUGAUGAACAUUAUCAUGAAUCCUUAUACGUCACCAGAGAUGUGGCGGGUGAAUGGCCCAUUCUUGCGGAGGCUAGGGUGCAAUCCGGCUUCACCAAAAGCUUCAAGGCGAGGCCUAGAACCGUGGAAUUCUGGGAGGAAGUCUUUUCGUCGCCAUGGCGAGUAGACGGAAGGAUUGAGAGCUCUGAAUUCCCAUUUGGAUGCAUUCCGUUUGAUGUGUUUUUAAACUGUGGAUACUAUGAAAUCAAGUAUCUACCGCAUGAAACUGAGGUAGCUGAGGUUUGGAGCAUUUUGCGCACUCGGGCACGAUUACCGGACGAGAUUACCCUUCUAAUCAUGGAAUUUGCGGGGUAUAGUGGACGAAGACGCUCGCUUCCUAUUGCACAUGAUCCGUUGAAUCCGGCCAACAAGGAGGAGUUGGAGAGGUAUCUUGACGAGUGCUGGGGGAUUCUGGUUAGGUGUGGUAUGUUUGCUGAAGCAUUGGGACAUCCGAUCGAUUGGGAAGGACAGGUUACACCUAUGCUUCGAAUGAUGUUGACAGGGCCGAACUUUGAGAUGAUUGACAUAUGGCGUUAUUAA